AUGCCCAGCUUGCAGCAGCUGGACCUGGACGGGAACACCCUGGGCGACUCGGGCGCCAAGGCCCUGGCGGGGGCGCUGCACUCCACGCCCAACCUGCGGGAGCUCCGCUUGAGCGGCAACGGCCUGGGCGACGUGGGCGCCGAGGCCUUGGCUGCGGUGCUGCGCUCCACGCCCGCACUGCAGCUGCUGGACCUGGCCGAGAACGCCCUCGGCCCCGCGGGUGCCCUGGCGGGGGCGCUGCCCUCCGCGCCCGCCCUGCGGGCCCUGCGCCUGAACAGCAACGGCCUGGGCGCCGCGGGCGCCGCGGCCCUGGCGGGGGCGCUGCCCUCCAUGCCCGACCUGCGGACCCUGGUCCUGGCCGACAACGGCCUGGGCGACGCGGGCGCCGAGGCCCUUGCGGGUGCUUUGUGCUCCGUGCCCACGAUGGAGCUCUUGAACCUGGGCAACAGCGCCCUGGGCGACGUGGGCGCUGAGGCCAUGGCGAGGGCACUGCCUUCGGCGCCCGGCCUGAAGGAGCUGUACCUUUACGGCAACAGGGUUGGCGGCGGGGCGGAGGCGAGGCUGCGGUCCGCCUGGGGCGGCCGGGAGGGCUACUUGAGUUUCUGA